AUGCAUCUCCAACUCCAAGUAAACGGCGACAUGUCCGACCUCCCCUCCGAGCCCGAGUUCGAGCAGGCAUACCAAGAGCUCGCCAGUACCUUGGAGGAGAGUACGCUCUUCGAGAAGCAUCCCGAGUACCGCACCGCCCUCAAGGUCUGCGCCAUCCCCGAGCGAGUCAUUCAGUUUCGCGUCGUCUGGGAGGACGACCAAGGCUCCUUGCGUGUCAACCGGGCGUAUCGCGUUCAGUUCAACUCGGCCCUCGGCCCGUACAAAGGUGGCCUGCGCUUUCAUCCCACCGUAAACCUGUCCAUCCUCAAAUUCCUCGGGUUCGAGCAAAUAUUCAAGAAUGCCCUCACUGGCUUGAACAUGGGAGGCGGCAAGGGGGGCUCUGACUUUGACCCCAAGGGCAAGAGUGACAACGAAAUCCGACGCUUCUGCCACGCUUUCAUGCGCGAGCUCUCGAAACACAUCGGCAGCGAUACCGACGUGCCCGCUGGCGAUAUCGGCGUUUCUGGUCGCGAAAUCGGGUACAUGUUCGGCGCCUACCGCCACGCUCGCAACCGAUGGGAAGGCGUCCUGACCGGCAAGGGCCUCGCCUGGGGUGGUAGCCUGAUCCGACCUGAGGCCACCGGGUACGGCGUCGUGUACUACGUUGAGCACAUGCUGCAACAUGCAGGCCGCGGUGGAUUCUCCGGCAAGCGUGUUGCCAUCUCAGGCUCCGGCAACGUAGCCCAAUACGCGGCCCUCAAGGUCAUCGAGCUCGGUGCCACCGUCGUCUCCCUAUCCGACUCAAGGGGGGCUCUCGUCGCCAUCGACGACGGCGCGCCCUUUACCGCCGAGCAUGUCGAGAAGAUUGCCGCACUCAAGGUCGACCGUCGCGCCCUCACCGACUUUGACCACGGCGGCCGGUACCGGUACAUUGAGGGGGCCCGUCCCUGGACCCACGUCGGCAAGGUCGAUGUUGCCCUCCCCUGCGCGACCCAGAACGAGGUGAGCAAGGAGGAGGCCGAGGCGCUGAUGGACGCCGGCGUCCUCGUCGUCGCCGAGGGAUCCAACAUGGGCUGCACGCAGGGUGCAAUCGACUUGUUCGAAGCGCAGCGUCGGCAGAAGGGCAAGGAGUCGGUAUGGUACGCGCCUGGAAAGGCGGCCAACUGCGGAGGCGUCGCCGUCUCCGGCCUCGAGAUGGCUCAGAACAGCCAGCGCCUUAGCUGGACGACCGAGGAGGUCGAUGAGAAGCUCAAGGGCAUCAUGAAGCAGGCCUUCACCGCCGGCGUCGAAACCGCUCAAAGGUAUGUCAAGGCCUCCGAGGGCGAGCUGCCCAGCUUGGUCGCCGGCAGCAACAUUGCUGGUUUCGUCAAGGUUGCACAGGCAAUGCACGACCAGGGAGAUUGGUGGGUUUGA